AUGGCAGCUUCCAGUGCAGAUACAGGUGACGAACACGCCUCUCAACCUCCCCAGUCUCGCGCCAUGUCGGUCUCUACUUUAGUAGAAGACCCCGACAAUGGCCAGCACGCCACAUCUCUCUCAGCAUUGCGGCGCCUCCCCAAUCCCUUCUCCGUAGCCGCUUCGGCUUUUGGUGCCAUGUUCCACCCUUCAGAAAGAGCCUCUCCUUUUAUGGAUCAACGCUUCAUUGACAACCUCCCUCUACGUGAACGCGAGCCAGCGGGGUUCAUUCCACAUGAUGGCAGCUUUCAACCGCAUGGACAGGUGGCGGUGGCUGAUGAUGAGACUGUGCUGGCUUACACCGUGCCUGAGGCGGCGGAUCAGAUGGAUCGAGAAAGAAACCAUGGAUACUUCCAGCUGAUGCAAGGUCGUCCGCCAAAUGCCUCUGAUGGCUGCCAAGGUGCCCAGGCUGAAGAAAUCAAAACAUGCCCGCUGUUUUCCAAUCAUGUUCAGAAGGCGUUGAGAAACGGAAUCAUUGGAGUCUCUGAUCCCAACAACACUGCCUUCCCCCAAUAUGGGCUCCUGGGCAUGCGUGAGCAAACCUACAAUUCAAGUGUGCCAGAUACAGCUGGGACUUUGUCACUCGAUGACGAUCUUGUCUUCGCCAACAUGAAUGCACCUUGGUCAGCUUUCAUAUGCGGCUCGCAGGGCGCCGGGAAGAGUCAUUCACUCUCUUGCCUUCUUGAGAACUCGCUCCUGGCUUCAUCUUCAGCGGGAGAGAACCUGAGGCCUCUCGCCGGCCUCGUGUUUCACUAUGACAAGUUCACAAGCAGUGAGAGCACUCAGUUGUGCGAAGCGGCGUAUCUAUGCUCAUCGGGAAUCCCUGUGCGAAUUCUUGUGUCGCCGAGCAACAUUCAUGCAAUGCACCGACUGUAUAGAAACCUCCCUGGUCUGCCUAAAGACGCCCCACGUCCAGAAGUCAUUCCACUCUACUUUCAAGAAAAUCAACUCAAUGUCACACGCUUAAUGACGUUGAUGGCGAUCGACGACCAGGGCAAGAUACCACUCUACAUGGAAGUCCUUUUCAAGGUGCUCCGCGACAUGACGGUUGAGAGGAAGGGUGCAGGGGGCGUGGACUACCUUGAUUUCAAAGACCGAUUGCUGGGUAAAGACCUCAGUUCCCAACAAAGCGGACCGUUGAGACUGCGCCUGGAAAUGCUCGAGUCUUUCCUUGCGGACAAGGACCAGCCGGCGCAGGCCAUGGCCCUUCUGAAGGACAUGUUCAAGUCAGCUCAAGGGUCACUCACCAUCAUCGAUUUAAGCUGCCCUUUUGUCAAUGAGAACGAUGCGUGUACCCUUUUCACGAUUUGUCUGUCAAUCUUCAUGGAGAAUCGCGGUGACUGUGGUCGAAUCAUCGCCCUUGAUGAAGCUCAUAAGUUCCUUACGAGAUCGGGAGAGGCUGAAAAGCUCACGGAUGAAUUGACAUCCAUUGUCCGUCAACAACGCCACCUCGCUUCGCGCGUUAUCGUGUCGACGCAAGAACCGACACUGGCGCCACGGUUCAUCGAUCUCUGCAAUGUCUGCAUCGUUCACCGAUUCAAUUCGCCGGCUUGGUUUGACAUGCUCCAAGGCCACCUUGCUGGUGCCAGCCGCCACAAGGAAUGGAGCAAUACGACGUUGUUCGAGAUGAUAGUUGGCUUAGAGACUGGCGAAGCUCUGAUAUUCUGCCCUGCAGCAUUGUUUGAUGUGUACAAUGGCAACGUACGCCGAUUGAAAGACGCAUUCAUCAGAGUCCGCAUCAGAAAUCGGGUGACCGCUGAUGGUGGGAAGAGCAUCUUGGCUUCCGACAAGAUGAAAGAUAUGGAGCCUGGAGAACUUCUGAUUGAAGACUUAAUUCGACCAUUCGCAAUGCGCGCUGUGCAUGGUGUCCCCACUAUACCUGCUAUGCCCGCUCUGCCGACAGGCCUGUCGGUCAAACAAGCCAAAAAAGCUCAACGUCGUGCGGUCAAGGCGGGACGGGUAACGAAGAGUCAGACUCCCCUAUCUCGCCCUGACAACUUGAGCAAGGGUCUUGCAUAUAGGCGAGCACGAGGCCAACAACCAAAGGAAAUACAGGGUCCGACAGAGGGUUCGACGCACAUUUCUGCGCAAGGACCGACUCAAUAUGCAGUCCUGCGGUCUGCCCAAGGGUUGGAGGAAGAUCGAGAGCAAGGUGGAGCGUUCUGUGCAACGCCUCCCACUGAUCCAGAUGAUCUGUUUGCCCCUACCUCUUCUUUUGUUCCCUUGGCUAGUACAUUGCAUUCUGCCAGGACUCCCAGUUUCCAUGACCUUUUGCCAUACUUGCGCAACGCCGUCUCAGAGUCUCUACGUAAGGACCCCACAGGCAUUGCAUUUGGCAAAGUACGUAGCCAAGCAGCGCGCUCUGCAGGCCUCCCCGAAGGAUUCUUCUCAGCCUCCCCGUGGAAGGCCUGGUCCAGAAGGGUGAUUAAUGAGCAGGUGGCCAAGCAUGCUGAGGCUUAUGGGAUACCAUUGCCAUUGCGCCAUUAG